AUGGCGGAGGCGACGACGUCUGCACACGAGAGUAAGAGCAGCUCGUCGCACAAAUAUAAAUUUGUGUCAAAGAAGGGUGCCGGAGCAUUCUCAGAUGUUAUCAAAGCACAAUGUGUGAAGACAGAAGAGUACGUUGCCAUCAAGCGCAUGAAGGCGACGUUCAAGUCCAUUGAGCAAAUCACAAGUUUACGGGAAAUUCAAUCUCUACGUCGGCUGGCAGACCAACCGUUCAUUAUACGUCUGAUAGAAAUUCUCUUUGAUAGAACCACCGGACGGCUCGCCCUGGUUUUUGAGCUGAUGGAAAUGAACCUCUAUGAACUUAUUAAGAAUAGAAAAUAUCACCUUCCAGAGUCUAGUAUUAAGUGGUAUAUGUGGCAACUUCUUCACGCAGUACGCAUUGCACAUGCGUCAGGCACUUUUCAUCGUGACAUCAAGCCAGAGAACAUACUUUUGGAUGACAAGGACAAUCUAAAGCUUUCUGACUUUGGCUCCUGCCGCGGAAUUCACACCCAGUUACCCUAUACAGAGUACAUAUCUACCAGGUGGUACCGCUCCCCAGAGUGUUUGCUUACGGACGGUGUCUAUGGACCUGAGAUGGAUCUCUUUGGUGUUGGCUGCGUGAUGUUUGAAAUAACUGCUCUUUUCCCAUUGUUUCCAGGGAAGGAUGAGUUGGACCAGAUCACUCGUAUACACGCCAUCCUUGGGACCCCUCCCAAGGAGCUGAUUCAGCGAAUUCGCAAGGGUGCAAAGAAUAACCCAAUAAAGGGGGACUUUCCACCACAGAAAGGCUCUGGAUUGGCAAAGCUUAUCCCGCACGCUAGUUCGACAGCCAUCGAUUUGAUGCUUAAGCUCAUGGAGUAUGAUCCGCAGAAGCGCAUCACCGCCGAGGAGGCGCUGCGACACCCGUUUUUUAAAGAUAUAGGUGAAAUAGUAAGGCUCAAGGCACCUACAAUGCCCGCUGGAUGCUUGGAAAAGCUUGGGUUCACUCUGGAUGGCAGGGGGGCAGAUGCAGAGGAUGGCACAGGUGCUCGGAAAGCCACAAGGGAGAGACACGGAGACACUGUUGAGGGUACGCCCACCCCCGGGGACUUGGCUGUCACCGAAGAGACCCGGUCUCGACAAGUUGCCAAGCGGCCGCAAAAGACGCCACCCGGAGCCAAGCGAAUCGGCCCUUCAGGGGUGCUGCAAGCCGGUCAAGGGGGAACCAACGGCUUGCUUGUUAGUAUGGGCAGUCUAACUCAGACAAAUCAUCCACCAAAACUGUCAGACUCUAAAUCUACCGAUAAUGUUCUACCACAUAAGCACUUCCAAGCCUCCGAGCAAGAAGGAAGUGUUCCAAAACUUCCCACGCUCACCAGAACGCCUCCAGCCCGAACAAACCACGGAUUAACCAACGUAGUUCUCCAAGGAAGCAAUAGCGCCCAGACCAAGCUGGGGCCGCAGACCAAACAACAGCUGAUCUUUACUAAGCAAACGCACGGAGGAAAGGGUAAGACAAGCACAUCCGUAUCUCCGGGUUUGGAGCAGAACAACCUCCCCGUUCUGGGGGCAAAGAACUACACUGUCACAACGCAAAGACCAUACCAAAAUAAGAUUGGCGUUAGCUCUCCGUAUCGGGAUCACGUCAAGCGCAAGUAA